AUAACAUGAAUUACAUCAUAUUCCUCCUCGUCCUCAUCGGCUGGGCUCCAAAUUUUGGACUUUCACAGGCACAGGAAAACGGACCGCCCAUUGAUAUUCUUAAAUUAACAGAUAAAAGUUCCAACAUUGCAGCUAUCGUGGGAGUACCCAGAAUUAUUGAUCUUGCUGUAGGAUUCCCAUCGGUGCUCUUUGGAGAAAUUUCAGGUUUUCCAGUAAUAGGAGCAAUUCCAGGGCAACUGCCAAUUCCGAAACUUCCAUCAGUAUGA